AUGCAGGUCCCAACUUUCCCUUUGCCAGCUCUCUUUUUGUUCUUGCACUUACCUUCUUUUUUAGCCUGGAAAGAAAAUUUCCCCUGCUUUGAGCAAAUCCACCCAUGGGUGCACAGAGAGGGAGACCUAGUCAUUGGUGGGUUUUUCCCCUUGUACUUACUGGCAGUGAAGAGUCUCACAGGAGCUGAGCAUCCACACAAGGCCUGCAAUCCACACCAGUGGCUGCACAAAAAUUACCAGCAGGUUCUGGCCCUCAUGUUUGCUGUGGAGGAGAUCAACAGAGACCCCACGCUGCUCCCAAAUACCACCCUGGGUUUUCACAUCUAUAACACCUACCACAGUGAUGCCAGGACCUUGGAGAGCUCCUUGAGAUGGCUCUCAGGACAGGGCCAGACCAUCCCAAAUUAUAGCUGUGAGAGGCGAGACAGGUCCAUGGCUGUCAUUGGAGGAGCCACCUCUGCUCUUUCUGUCCAGAUGGGGACCCUUUUGGAGCUCUACAGAUUCCCACAGGUAAGCUAUGGCCCAUUUGAUCCUGCCCUGAGUGACAAAGGCCAGUUUCCUUCCUUCUACCAGAUGGCCCCUCAGGAUUCCUUCCUGCAUCUGGGUAUUGUCCAGAUGCUACUGCAUUUUGGCUGGUCCUGGGUGGGGCUCGUUGUCCCAGAUGACAUGAGAGGUGAGAAUUUCUUAUUGGACAUGCGAGAAGAGAUGAGAAGGAAUAAAGCCUGUGUUGCCUUCAUUGAGAAGAUCCCUGUGAGUGAGAGACGCCAUGAAGAAUCCCAGGUGGCUUUCAUGCCCAGGAUCAUGGCAUCAUCAGCCAAAGUGAUCAUCAUCCAUGGUGACACAGACUCCCUGAUGAUCCUGAGAUAUUCUCAGCCGCAUACAUUUUCACUUUGGAAGGUCUGGAUUAUUACAUCACACUGGGAUGUUACUAUGAGACCUCAUAAUCAUGAUGGCGAUACUUUUCUUGGGGCUCUAAUAUUUUCAUAUCAGACAAGUGAGAUUCCUGAUUUCAAAGCAUUUCUCAAGACAGUCACCCCAGCCAAAUACCCAGAAGACAUUUUCCUUAAGAGUUUCUGGGUCUCAGCAUUUGAGUGUCCAGAUGAGCCAGCUAAACUGGAGCAAGAUUGUCUCCUGAAUGCUUCCUUAGAGAUGCUACCUUUGCAUUACUUUGACAUGACCAUGUUGAGCCUCAGUUACUUUGUCUACAGUGCUGUAUAUGCUGUGGCCUGGGCUCUUCAUGAAACGCUGCAGACCAGACCAGAAGUGGAAUCUGUGAGAGAUGAAAGGUGCCUGGCACCUCGACACUGGCAGCUUCACUUAUCCCUGAGGAACACUGACUUUAACAACACUGCUGGAGACCGUGUUGUUUUGGAUGAGGAAAAGAAUCCUGUGGCUAAAUAUGAUAUCAUGAACUUUGCAAUGAAGUCUAAUUAUAAUGAAGUUCUGGUGAAAGUGGGGCAGUUUGUCCCUCAGGACCCACUUGGUCAUGAUUUCACCAUUUGUGAGAAGAACAUAUAUAGUAACUGGCUUGAUUUGAAGACCCUCCAGGCUGUCUGCACUGAGCACUGUGGAUCUGGAUUCAGGAAAGUUGCCCAGGAGGGAGAACCUGUCUGCUGCUUUGACUGUGUCCAGUGCCCAGAGGGAAAGAUAUCCAACCAGAGGGAAGAACCUUUGGGAUGGACUCUGACCUGCAUGGCUCUUUCCUUCUCUCUCCUCACAUUUCUGAUCCUCAUCCUCUUUGUGAGGCAUCGAGACACUCCCAUUGUCAAAGCCAACAACAGGGUUCUCAGCUACACUCUCCUCAUCUCUCUCAUCUUUUGCUUCCUCUGUUCUUUGCUUUUCAUUGGCCAUCCCACCACAGUAACCUGUCUUCUUCGGCAGACAACAUUUGGAAUCGUGUUCACAGUGGCAGUUUCCUCUAUUUUGGCCAAAACUAUCAUGGUGGUUCUGGCCUUCAAGGCCACAAGACCAGGGAGCAGGAUGAGGAUGUGGGUGCAGCCUAGUGUGGCUAACUCUCUUGUCCUCAUCUGUUCUGGGAUCCAAGUGAUUCUCUGUGGGAUAUGGCUGGGAACCUUCCCUCCAUUCCUAGGCACAGACCCACACUCUGAACCUGGUCACAUCAUCAUUGAGUGUAAGGAGGGCUCUUCAACUGCUUUCUACUGUGUCCUGGGCUACAUGGGUGUCCUGGCCUUGGCCAGCUUCAUGGUGGCUUUUUUAGUCAGGAACCUUCCUGACACCUUCAAUGAAGCCAAGUUCAUCACCUUUAGCAUGUUGGUCUUUUGCAGUGUGUGGGUCUGCUUCCUCCCCACAUAUCAGAGUUCCAAGGGGAAAGCUAUGGUAGCUAUGGAGGUCUUUGCCAUCUUGGCCUCCAGUGUUGGGUUACUGGGCUGCAUCUUUAUUCCCAAGUGCUAUGUGAUCCUGCUAAGACGAGAAAGGAAUGCUCUGGAAGGGUUAAGGAAUAAAUCAGAUCCCAGAUCCAAGAACUUUGCCCCAGAGACUCUUCCAAGGGCAUGA